GUAGUCAUAGAACAUGAUAACUUUAUAAACAUCAUGGGAAUAGCACCCAAAGGAUUCGACACCUUAGGAACAGUAAAACUAACUGUUAUGGGUAAGAAACACAUCUUUCAUGUGUUACCCUCAAGUAUACCUUUACAUGAGGACAUUAUAUUAGGCAAUCCGUUUCUCUACGGAGAGAAAGUGAAUAUUCAGUUCGGCGAUGAGGUCCUAAUCACCGAAAGCCAACCAAUAACACCAGUGCCUUUUGUACAUAAGCAUUUCCCCGAAAAUCAGGAGGACGUGGACAUAAAAUAUGGCCAAAUAAAUGUUGAAGGACAAUCUUCGGAAGGUAAAGAGACGGCCGUAGAAGAGUACGAAUUUCCGUAUGAGUCCGAAGCCAUCGAUCCUAAAGUUCAGGACUUGCCGACCAGACCGUACAAUCCAAACGGAUUCAAAUUGAAAGCUAAUACAGUUUUCAAGCUACCAGCUAGAGCCAAGGUUCCCGUGAGAAUACCCGCUACGGAAGAUUCAGUACAAGGGCAGGCCUACUUAAGGCUGAUCAAGACCGUCCCGGGAGUAUACAUUGGGGAAGCUGCAGUAAUGAAUGAAAAGGGUUACUGUUAUGCAAUGGCUAUAAAUACCAGAGAAGACCCAGUAGAAAUCGAAAUCUCGCCGCAACAUCUUGAAGAAUUCGAUUUAAGUGAAGAUGAUGACUUCCUGGACUUUCCACUGGAAGGCGAAGCUCCGAAAAAUUCGGAAGAAAGAAUAAAUUUUAUUAUGGAAAAGGUUAGAAAAACGUAUCAUAAGAGACACGAAUUGAGACAGAUACAACGAAUAGUGAAGAAAUAUUCACAUUUGUUUUAUCUACCUGGAGAUCCAGCACCUAGGACAUCUUGUGUGAGACAUAAGAUCCGGACGACGGAUGAGGAGCCAGUCCGAGUAAAAUAUAAAAGAGGACCAACAGGACAAGAAGAGGAGUUGUUCAGUCAGUUACAGAAACUCCUGGACGCUCGAGUCAUCAGACGUUCAAACAGUCCAUUUUGCAGUCCGUGUAGAAUUGUUCCAAAGAAACCAGGACCGGACGGUAAAAGGAAAUACAGUGUGCCAUUAAAAAUGUGGAGGACACUGUUUCUGACGCUGUUCUGGUUGACGGACUACCUUGGACUAGAUGCAGAGAGUCCACCUUUCUACAAACUUACAGAGCUAAAGCAAAACCCGGGUAUAUAUUACGAAUACAUGGGCGAGGUGAAAAUCGAGCGAGUAAAAUGGAAAAUAGCAGUCACCCUGGAUUUUGGCAAGUGGAACGAUCCAAUCAUUUGGAGAGAAAAACAAAUGUUUAAAGUGGUUACAACCUGCAAUGAACAGCUAAGUAAACAAGAAUGUAAAGAAUUCCUUUCAAUUGAUAAGUUCGAAUUAUCAAUAAAAACCUUAAAAUCAUUACAAGAAGACCUUCAUAUAUUCUUUGCAUCUGAAGCAGCUAUAUCAGACAACAGAUUUACGCCAUACACUCACGCUUUAUCUAAGCGAGGAGCUCCGUUAGAGUUUAUUGGCUGGACAAGCAGACAGCUAUUUGGAACUAUGGAUGCAGGGGACAGAGACCAACUAAAUCAGGAUGUGGACAGAUUAUACGAGAAGACAUCCAACAUUUCUACUUUAUUGGCUAGUCAGACUCAUAUAGUGAAGUCUAACCUAGAAUCGCUACAUCAAAAACUCGACGACACUCAGAAAACUCUACAUGAACAGCACUUGCAAUUUUUAAGGUUAGCAAAUAGGACGAACCAGUUCGAAAACUUUGCUAACCGAUCAACAAUAGUCCAAACUUUAUUGAAAUGGGUGUACCACUUUGACCAAUCUUUAGAGCACAGCAUCAAUUCGUACAAAACUCUCGUUAACACCAUAGAGACUGCCACACGAGGUCACCUACAUCCACUGCUUUUAACACACUCACAACAGCGGAGGAGCGCGCGGAGGGGGACAGUCCGCCGAGUCCGCCGAGUCCGCUGAGUCCGCCGAGCCUGCCGAGUCCGCUGAGUCCGCCGAGCCUGCCGAGUCCGCGCGUAUAUGCACCAUCCGACGAGCGCGCGGAGGGGGACAGUCCGCCGAGUCCGCCGAGUCCGCUGAGUCCGCCGAGCCUGCCGAGUCCGCUGAGUCCGCCGAGCCUGCCGAGUCCGCGCGUAUAUGCACCAUCCGACGAGCGCGCGGAAGGGGACGAGUCGCGAGAGACAGCGAGUCCACCGAGUCCGCCGCGUCCGCGCGCUCAUGUGUACGCAGCAGAGCCGGCGGAGGGGGACGAGUCGCGAGAGACGGCGAGUCCGUUAAGCCCGCCGAGUCCGCGCGUACAAGUGCGACCAUUAGACGUCACGGAGUGGGACAAUAACGCAAGUCCGCGCGCACGCACACUUACUGCUGUGAGCGCGGAAGGAAACGAGUCGCGAGAAACCGUGAAUCAGCUGUGUCCCCCAAGCUUGACCAUUAAUUCAGAACAGCCAGCAAAGAAGAGAAACAAACAUAGUGUGCUACAAUAUCAGACCCGGGAAGAAGAGCCUAAAUUAAAGAAGGCAAAAAUUGAAAACCGCUACAUAUUAGUCCCCAAUCAGCAACGGUUAUUCAUAUCAACCGACGUUUUAAUUUACUGGAUAACCUGGUUCUGGAAAAGUCCAGCGAAUAGGGGAAUUGAGGAAGGACAACCGAAAACAAAAAUUAAUAAAACAAAAUCGCAAAAGAAAGAUAAGAAAGGAAAAGCUAAGAAAACGCAUAAUAAUACUGAAACAGAA